UAAACGACAGUUCUGGGAUAUCUCUCAGAAGUAGCUGUUUCUUGUGUCCAAGAAAAGUUCUCAUCAUGACUGGCCGUGGAAAGGGAGGAAAGGGAUUGGGAAAAGGAGGAGCGAAGAGACACAGGAAGGUUCUUCGUGAUAAUAUCCAAGGCAUCACAAAGCCUGCCAUUCGUCGUCUAGCAAGACGUGGUGGCGUAAAACGAAUCUCGGGUUUGAUCUAUGAAGAAACCCGAGGUGUACUGAAGGUAUUCCUUGAGAACGUAAUUCGUGACGCUGUCACAUAUACUGAACAUGCAAAAAGGAAAACUGUGACCGCAAUGGACGUGGUUUACGCCCUGAAGCGUCAAGGAAGAACGCUCUACGGAUUCGGUGGUUAAAUUUCUACGGAUUCCGCCUACUCAGCUUCAUAUAAAACGGCUCUUAUAAGAGCCACAAAAUAUAUGCGGAUGAAUGACUCUCGGAAACUAUCAUUGCUAUUAUUUAAUGAUGAGUAGGAUGAAAUUUUUAAUUUUUACUUCCGUUUGCAUCAAAUGUUGAACGUUUUAAUAUCUGUUGAAAUUAUUUAAUAUUGUUUAAGAUCGUAAAAUGUACUUUAAUUUGGCUUUAUAGUUUUGUAUUUGUAUAAUUGUAGUGUUAGUAGUAGUUGUAUUGUAGCAGUAAUGUUUCUAACGUUAAAUAUGUGUAAUACAUGUAUAUGUAUAGUUCAAUGCAGAAUCAAAAUAAAACGCAAAAUCAUA